ACUGCCAAAAGACGCCACACCUACUGUAACCUAACAAGCAAACAAGCCCCGCCCACUGAACGCUGACGUACCGUCACGUAAUUUGACAAGCGUCUAACGCUGUAAACUGAUGAGAGUUGCAUGCCCCGCCCACUACAAAGCGAACAGGACCUCGCCCUCGAUGUCAACACGCCGUCGCCAUGGAAACAACGGGGCGUAGCCGCCCUGUUUGCGCCUGCGCAGUAUGCCGCCCCGGCUGCGGACCUGCUGCUGUCUCCUGUCACGGGCAGGUAGUGAAGUACUCGGGCUCCGCUCUCAGGGCCAUCGCCUGCCAACCAAUCAACGAGCUCCUGACACUUCCGGCAGUAUUUUCUUGUCUUACCGGUACCGUAACCGCAGCAGCCGCCCACCUCUUACCAUGACCCAUGUCAAGGCGCUGACCUCUCCGUACCCCGGCUCCCAGGUGGAGAGGUGGCCUGUUCCUCCGGAGAAGGUCAGCUGGUCAGUAGAGUGGCCGGAAUACCAACCGGUCGAGUACACCGCCCCCUCCGUUCUUGCCCGGCCCAUCUGGGCCGACCCUCCGCAAAGCGAUGAGAACUUCUCCCCCCGAUACAACGCUCUGGACGGGCAGGUGCAGAGAACCAGUUUUGAGGGAACAUACGAAGUGAAGAACGGGUCACCGAGGAACCCCUCAGGGCGGAGCGGGGUAAUAGGAAGAGGAUUAUUAGGGCGAUGGGGACCCAACCAUGCAGCGGACCCCAUCCUAACAAGGUGGAAACGGGACAGUGCAGGGGAGAAGGUGGCACACCCUGAGUCUGGGAAGCACUUGUUACAGUUCGUGGCCAUACAGAGGAAGGACUGCGGGCAGUGGGCCAUCCCUGGGGGUAUGGUGGAUCCGGGGGAGCUGGUGACGGCCACGCUGCGCAGGGAGUUCUGCGAGGAGGCGUUGAACUCCCUGGAGAGCACAGGAGAGGAUCAGGACACGGAGGAGCGCAUCCGCAGCCUCUUCUCUCAGGAACACUUGCCGGUCUACAAGGGCUAUGUGGAUGACCCCCGUAACACGGAUAACGCCUGGAUGGAGACCCAAGCGGUCAAUUACCACGAUGAGUCAGGGCACAUCUUGGACAAGUUGGCAUUACAAGCCGGUGACGACGCGGGCAAGGUGCAGUGGGUGGACAUGAGCAGCAGCUGCAGCCUGUACGCCAACCAUGCCCAGUUUAUUCAGGUUGUAGCGGAGAAGAGGGGCGCCCACUGGUAGUCAUCGGCACAGCUUGGCCGUCUCGCUAAAGUCAUGUUCUGCCCAUAGGUCACUGUAUACGACGAUCCGCCAUGACGGUACAACCACUGCCAGUGGACAACAUGGACUAUCUGGUGACAAUGGCGUCGGUUGGGGGGGAGGUAGGAUAUAUUGGGCAGUUCUUGAUGAUGGAAAUAUACGCAUAUGUGUUGUGCGUUGUGUGCACCUAAAAUGUAGUGGUAUUUAUUAAAAGUGCCUUCCACCCAUGUGA